AUUACACCGCACCUCUCAUUUCUCGUAGCCCUCGCAGCAUCUCACGCGCAUCAUCUCACGACUCGGCCAGAUAUCCAAGCGAAAGACAACAGCAUCAACAUCGUCUUCCUCCAGCUACUCGGGCUCAAUCGACUCGCAGAUCUCGCGCCAUCACAAUGAGCGCAGCUAGCCUUCGAGCCAAGCGCACAGCUGCUCUUGCCGCGCUCAAGGCUAAGCGUAGUGGGGUCAAUGCGCCCUCCCAACGCGAGCAAGAUGAUGACGCCUCAUCAGGGGAUGACGACCUCUACGACGAGGUAACAGAGAACGAGUACAAGUCCAUCCUUCGCGGCAGAAUGAUGGACGACGACUUCAUCGAAGACGACGAUGGUACAGGUGCCUACGUCGACGAUGGGCGCAACGAGUGGGAGCGGAGCGGAGGCGAAGAGGAGAGCGGUGAGGAGAGCGAAACGGAGCAGGAUUACUACGAGAGGACGGGCAGGCGUAAGCCCAAGAAGAAGGGCGGCAAAGGUGGCAAGAAGGGAGCGAGCGGGAGCACAGAAGACAAGCUGGUCAACGCUUUCGCUCGAGCUCCUGCUAAACCCUCUGGCAGCGGCAUCUCUACCUCCAAUAGCGCGCGUAAGGCUCAAGAGGAGCGAUCUCAGGCUGCAAUGGACGCGUACAGACCCAAGGUCAACCGUGAGAAGGAGGAAGACUUCAUGGCAAGACUUAUGGGUGGACUCGGUGCGGAUACUGGCUCGCCAUCUGGCCCCGCGUCGUCGACUACCCCGUCUCGCACUCCCGCCGCACGAGGCUACCCCGGUCGUCCCUCUGGCUAUGGGCUCCUCUCCGGCAGCCCAGCAGCUGGCUCCCCCGCAUCAGCAUCACGCAAACGCCCCUACUCGUCGACGAUCGGCCUCGGCACGGGUGGAGCGCCCAAUGUGACCUACCGCAGCUCAAAGCGUGCCGUUCCCUCUUCAUCCUCGGCAGAAGGCUCUGCACCCUCAAGCGAUCUUCCCGAGCCCUCUUCAGAUGGUCCCGAUGCACCCGUUCACAUCAGCGGCAGUGACGAGUGGGGUCUACAUGACACAGAUGAGAGUAGCGAGAUCAGUGCAGCCGAUGUGACCGCCACAGCGCUGAACAGGGGCAAGAAUGGAGCCGGGAUGGUCGGCAAGAUUGGGUCGAUGGGUCUUGAUGCAAGACCCAAGCAUCAGCAACAACAGCAGGGCGAUGGAACCCGACCUCGGGCAUUGCGUAUGCAAACCGGCGGGCCUAGCGAUGAGGACAGCGACGACGAUGAUGGGGUGGCAGUGCAGAGCAUCACGCGAGCUGCUCCUGCUGGCACCAGCGCCAACAAGAGGAGGAUGAACGUCAGCGCAGAAGCCGCAGCACAGCCGCAGGUGGCUAGCGUUAAGGAGGAGCCCGUCGACGAGGAGAUCAAAGCUGCUCAACCCCUGCCCGUAGAUCGGACAGCCUGGCAGACCAUCAACGCGUCCCUCAACACCGUACAGACCGGCUCACCUGCCUCAAACGAGGCCGCCGCUCCCGCCUCGACUAGCUCAAAGGUCAACGCGCUCGCAGACGACGGCACACUCCCCUUCUACUGGAUGGAUCACCUUGAGCUCGAAGCAGGGAUCAUCCUGCUCAUUGGCAAAGUCAAGGACCGCACCACGGGCAAGUACGUCUCAGCUUGCGUUCGCGUUGAGGGGGUGGAGCGCUGCGUCUUCCUCCUCAAGCGAGACCGCCAGGUCGACGAUGAAGGCAACAUGACCGACGUCGAGCCGAGUGAGGACGACAUCUAUGACGACUUCGACUCAUUGCGUGGCAAGCUGGGCAUCAAGAACUUCUUGGGCAAAACCGUGACGCGUCACUACGCCUUUGAGCUUCCAGGCGUGCCUGCGACCGGAACGUAUCUCAAAGUCAAGUACGGAUUCGACGAGCCCGCCCUCCCCUCCGACCUACAGGGCAAGACAUUCUCGCACGCCUUUGGCACGCAGACGAGCGCGAUGGAGCUUUUCUUGAUCAAGCGCAAGAUCAUGGGGCCCUGCUGGCUGAGAAUCGAGUCGCCUGACGCGUUGCCUACGGAGAAGCCGCUGAGCUGGUGUAAAGCCGAGUGGAGUGUGGACGACGCCAAGUUCAUUUCGCCAGCGACGCAGGAGGCGACGACCGACAAGAAGGAUGAGAACGGCGCAGCGGCGGAUGCCUCGCGCGACCCGCCCCUCACUAUCAUGUCUCUCUCGAUGCGUACUGUACACAAUCAUGCGGCCAACAAGCGCGAGAUUGUCGCCGUCUCUCUUCGCACCUGGACGGACGCUCAGUUGGAAGACGUGCGCAACCCAGAGGAGCGGCCGAGCUCCCUCUGGACUGCUGUGCGCCCUCUCGCCGGGCAGUGGCCUGUAGGCUUCGAAGCAGAAGUCCGUAAGCAAGGUGGCCGCAUCAAGGCGAUCAAGUGGGAGCGCGCACUGCUCAACGGUUUGCUUGCGCAAUUUCAGCUCCUCGACCCAGACGUGGUACUCACGCACGACUUUGCCGCCAACGAUCUUGAUGUGCUCCUCUCCCGCAUGAGGGAGCUGCGCGUUGACCACUGGUCGAGGCUAGGCCGUUUCAGGAGGCAAGGUUGGCCGAAACUGCGCAAUGGGUGGAACUUGGGCCUCAUGAAGGGCAGGCUGUGCUGCGACUUGGGCAGCGACGUCGGCAAGUCGAUGAUUACAUCAACCACCUGGUCACUCACGGAGAUGGUCGGCACGCACCUCAAGGUCCAACGAGAGGACAUCGAUCCGGACGAUGUGCCCUCUUACUUCGACUCGGCCGCUCCCAACCCAAGGCAGCUCCUCACUUUCCUUCAGCAUUGCGAGACGGACUCCUUCUUCAUCAUGUCCCUCGCGCACAAGGUGCAGAUCCUCCCCCUCACCAAGCAGCUCACCAAUCUUGCCGGCAACACAUGGGCACGCACCCUCUCCGGAGGUCGAGCAGAGCGUAACGAGUACAUUCUGCUGCACGAUUUCCAUCGCCGGAAGUUCAUUGUUCCCGACAAACUCGCCGGAGGCAAGAGGGCAGCAGCGGCCAAGGCAGCUGCGGCUGCUGAGGCGGAGGCUGAAGAUGGUGGCGCGGCGCCUGCUACGACGGCUGGGUCCAAGUCGCGCAACAAGAAGGACAAGUUCAAGGGCGGUCUCGUCUUCGACCCCAAGCGCGGCUUGUGGGAUCGCUACAUCCUGGUCAUGGACUUCAACUCCCUCUAUCCGUCCAUUAUACAGGAGUACAACAUCGACUUUACCACCGUAGACCGUGCCCGCUGGAACGACGCCAGCGCGGCUGCAGGAGGCAAUGAGGAUGAGGAGCAAGAGGACCCCUCGUCCACCGUCCCGGACAUCCCGUCGUCGGACGUGGCUCAAGGUGUCCUGCCCAACCUCAUUUCAAAGCUCGUAGAGCGUCGUCGCCAAGUCAAGUCUCUCAUGAAGGACAAGCGCGCUCCCGCCCACAAGCAGUUGCAGUGGAACGUCAAGCAACUGGCGCUCAAGCUCACCGCCAAUUCCAUGUACGGCUGUCUCGGAUUCGAAGGAUCACGCUUCUACGCUCGCCCUCUGGCCGCCCUCACCACUUUCAAGGGGCGUGAGAUUCUCACCGCGACAAAGGAGCUCGCAGAGUCCUUGAGCUUGGACGUCAUCUACGGUGACACGGACUCGGUCAUGAUCAAUACCAAUGCGACCACAUAUGCGCAGGCGGCCAAGAUUGGUAAUGACUUCAAGCGGGCGGUCAACGAGAGGUACAAGUUGCUAGAGAUUGAUACCGAUGCCGUGUUUGAGCGCAUGCUGUUGCUUCAGAAGAAGAAGUACGCCGCGAGAAAGGUGGACGAGGUUGAGAUCCUGGCGAGCGGCGAGGAGAGGAAGAAGGUGUCCACUGAGAUCAAGGGCCUCGACAUGAAACGUCGCGAGUACUCGGCGCUGAGCAAGAACGUCUCGUCCUACGUCCUGGAGCAGAUCCUCUCUGGCGAAUCAACGGAGAAUGUCGUUUCCUCUAUCCACUCCUACCUAACCGACAUCGGCGAGGCUGUAGGUUCUUCGACAAUCCCGCUGGAGGACUUUAUCGUCUUCAAGCGCCUAGGCAAAGACCCCAAGGCCUACGGAAGCAACAUCUCCGGCCAACCUCAUGUGCACGUCGCAUUGCGUAUGCAGGAGAGGGGAUUGGGCGCGAGGAUGGGAGAUGUGAUUCCUUACAUCUUCUGUCUGGGCAAGGACGGGGCUUCGAGCUCAAAGAGCGCACAAGCGGAUCGGGCGCAUCAUCCCGAUGAGUUGAGGAAGCAAGGGUCGGAGCUCAAAGUCGACUUCGAGCAUUACCUCGCGCUGCAGAUCUUGCCGCCCGUGGAGCGUCUCUGUGAGAGCAUCCAGGGGACGGACCGUGGGCGCUUGGCCGAGUGCUUGGGACUCGACGCCUCGCGCUACGCAGUCACGUCGGUGAGCGCCAGCUCUGUGCCGGACAGGGAGUUUGUGACCCUAGACAGCCAGACACCGGACAGUGUCCGCUUUGCCAAAUGUGACCGUCUGGCCAUCACCUGCCCGCGAUGCAAGACGUCGACCAACUUCGAAGGAAUCAACACCUCGUGUCUCUCACCGAAGGGGGUUCUCCUUUGUUCCUCGGUGGAGUGCGCCAUCCCGCUCCCCUUGAACAGCCUCAUCAUCCAGCUGGAGCUCUCCAUCCGCUCGCACAUCAGCCGCUACUACACGGCAUGGCAGGCAUGCACAGAGCCUUCGUGCGGUGUGCGUACCCGCUUGUUGGGCGUGUACGCAUCGCGCUGCCUCGUCAAGGGGUGUAGGGGCCGUGUAGGUCCAGAGUACUCGGAUAAGCAGCUGUACGACCAGUUGUGCUAUUUCGCCAGUCUCUUCGACGUUGCGCGGGCAUUCGAGCGAACCAAGGCUGGGUCGGAGCUGGACGAGGUGAAGAUCCUCGCCGCCAGGAAUAGGGAUGCCCUCGAUGCGCUUGCGAAGACGGUGGGCCGAUAUCUCGAUCGCAAUGAUAGGCGAUACGUUGAUUUGGGGAAGAUCUUUGGAAGGGGCGGGGCGAGAUUGAAGAUGAGCUGAGGGAGUGAGGGAAACGAGUCCUGUGUCUGUCUCUAUGCACGCCUUUUCUGUCAAAUUCACGAUUUCGCAU